CACUAGUCACACGAUGGCGUCCGCACGUCUGGUUGUACUGGCGCUCCUGGUCGCUGGCUGCCAGAGCUGGAAGCUGCCGCUCGUCAAUCAAGGACGGCGUGCCCAGUUCUACACGCAGCAGAGCGACGGCGCCUACAAGUACGGCUUCGACAGCGCGGAGGGCCUCUUCCAGGUGCAGGAGGGUAGCCCGGCCAACGAGGUGCGCGGUGAGUUCGGCGCCGAUGGCGGCAAGACCGAGUACACCGCAGGCGUCGACGGCUUCGUGGUGACCUCACUCAAGAAACCGACGGCUGGCGCUGCCACCAGGACGUACACUCAGGCGCACACCAACGCUGCCGCUGUCCGGUUCGCCACGCUGGAGGAGCUCAGCACCCCUCCCAAGCCGGUGGCAGACACCGCCGAGGUUGCUGCCGCUAAGAAGGCCUUCGAGGCCGCUUAUGACGCCGCCGCCGCCGCCGCCGAGGCUGCCCCCGACACCGACAUCAUCACUGGCCCCGCGCCCGUGGUGAAGGCCGCCGCCCCUGCCGGCUACAGCUACAACACUCCUGCCCUUCGCGCCACCUACCUGGCCCCGGCUGUGUCCGUCGUGCCCGCCGGCCCCGUGGUCACCCUGGACGCCGAGGGUCGUGUGGAGGACACCGCCGCGGUCAAGGCCGCCAAGCAGGCGUUCCAGGCCGCCUAUGACGCCGCCGCCGCCGCCGCCGAUGCCGCCCCCGACACCAACAUCAUCACGGCCUCGGUCGAGCAGCCGUCCGGCCUGUACAUCGCGCCGGCCGUCACCCGGGUGCAGACCUCCCAGCUUGUCCAGCCGGCCGCCACCUACGUCCAGAGCACCAAGCCCGUGGAGGUCGCCCACGUGCGCGCCUCUCAGAGCGAGGACGGGUCGUACCAGUUCUCGUACGAGACCAGCGAUAGCUCCCGUCACGAGUCGGCCGACAGUGCCAACAACGUCCAGGGCAACUUCGAGUUCGUUGCUGACGACGCCCAGCGCCGGCGCGUGGAUUACAAGGCGGGCGCCGAGACCGGCUUCAUCGCCACAGGAGCCCACCUGCCCGUGUCCGUAAAGGACACCGCCGACGUGGCCGCCGCCAAGGCCUCCUUCAAGAGCGCGUUCGAGUCUGCCGCCGCCGCCGCCGAGGCCGCCGCCGAUGAUCCCAUCACGUACUCGGCCCCGGUGGUCGUUCCCGUGUCGCAGACGUACUUGGCUCCUGCCCCUCAGGCCGUUGUCACCACCACCUACACCGCCUCGCAGCCGGCCGAGAUCGCCGACUUCCGCUCGACCUCCAACACCGACGGAUCGUACGAGUUCUCGUACAGCACCAGCGACAGCGCCCGCCACGAGUCGGCCGACAGCGCCAACAACGUUCAGGGCAACUUCGAGUUCGUCGCUGACGACGCCCAGCGCCGGCGCGUGGAUUACAAGGCGGGCGCCGAGACCGGCUUCAUCGCCUCGGGAGCCCACCUGCCCGUGUCCGUGAAGGACACCGCCGACGUGGCCGCUGCCAAGGCCUCCUUCAAGAGCGCGUUCGAGUCUGCUGCUGCCGCUGCCGCCGCCGCCCCGGACAACAGCGCGAUCUAUGUCGCGCCUCCCGUCUACAGCGCCCCGGCCCCGGCCGCCGUUAUCGCCCCCCAGCCCGUGACUGUGGUCCGCUACGCCACGCUGGAGGAGCUCAGCACCCCUCCCAAGCCGGUGGCAGACACCGCCGAGGUUGCUGCCGCCAAGCAGGCCUUCAAGAUCGCUUAUGACGCCGCCGCCGCCGCCGCCGAGGCUGCCCCCGACACCGACAUCAUCACUGGCCCCGCGCCCGUGGUGAAGGCCGCCGCCCCUGCCGGCUACAGCUACAGCGCUCCCGCCCUUCGCACCACCUACCUGGCCCCGGCUGUGUCCGUCGUGCCCGCCGGCCCCGUGGUCACCCUGGACGCCGAGGGUCGUGUGGAGGACACCGCCGCGGUCAAGGCCGCCAAGCAGGCGUUCCAGGCCGCCUACGAUGCCGCCGCUGCCGCCGCUGCCGCUGCCCCCGACACUGACAUCAUCACGGCCCCGGUUGCCCCCGUCAAAGUCUACACCGCUUCGAGCGGUGCCACCCACCAGACCAAGGCGGCCCACCACGGCGACACCCUGACCUACAGCUUUGACGGCAUCACGGUGAUGCAGGCGGACGGUGCCAGCUCCCCCGCCAAGUUCGGAUACACUUACGAAGGGAAACACUCGACGACAACGAGCCGCGGGGCACGGCGCCGGGCCGCGCGCUAUAUAAACGGCGCCGGGCGCACCUCGGCAUCACACACUAGUCACACGAUGGCGUCCGCACGUCUGGUUGUACUGGCGCUCUUGGUCGCUGGCUGUCAGAGCUGGAAGCUGCCGCUCGUCAAUCAGGGACGGCGUGCCCAGUUCUACACGCAGCAGAGCGACGGCGCCUACAAGUACGGCUUCGACAGCGCGGAGGGCCUCUUCCAGGUGCAGGAGGGCAGCCCGGCCAACGAGGUGCGCGGCGAGUUCGGCGCCGAUGGCGGCAAGACCGAGUACACCGCGGGCGUCGGCGGCUUCGUGGUGACCUCGCACAAGAAGCCGACGGGUGGCGCUGCCACCAGGACGUACACUCAGGCGCACACCAACGCUGCCGCUGUCCGGUUCGCCACGCUGGAGGAGCUUAACACCGCUCCCAAGCCGGUGGCAGACACCGCCGAGGUUGCUGCCGCCAAGCAGGCCUUCAAGAUCGCUUAUGACGCUGCCGCCGCCGCCGCCGAGGCUGCCCCCGACACCGACAUCAUCACUGGCCCCGCGCCCGUGGUGAAGGCCGCCGCCCCUGACGGCUACAGCUACAGCGCUCCUGCCCUUCGCACCACCUACCUGGCCCCGGCUGUGUCCGUCGUGCCCGCCGGCCCCGUGGUCACCCUGGACGCCGAGGGCCGUGUGGAGGACACCGCCGAGGUCAAGGCCGCCAAGCAGGCGUUCCAGGCCGCCUAUGACGCCGCCGCCGCCGCCGCCGAUGCCGCCCCCGACACCAACAUCAUCACGGCCUCGGUCGAGCAGCCGUCCGGCCUGUACAUCGCGCCGGCCGUCACCCGGGUGCAGACCUCCCAGCCUGUCCAGCCGGCCGCCACCUACGUCCAGAGCUCCAAGCCCGUGGAGGUCGCCCACGUGCGCGCCUCUCAGAGCGAGGACGGGUCGUACCAGUUCUCGUACGAGACCAGCGACAGCGCCCGCCACGAGUCGGCCGAUAGCGCCAACAACGUCCAGGGCAACUUCGAGUUCGUUGCUGACGACGCCCAGCGCCGGCGCGUGGAUUACAAGGCGGGCGCCGACACUGGCUUCAUCGCCACAGGAGCCCACCUGCCCGUGCCUGUGAAGGACACCGCCGAGGUGGUCGCCGCCAAGGCGUCCUUCAAGAGCGCGUUCGAGUCUGCCGCCGCCGCCGCCGAGGCCGCCGCCGAUGAUCCCAUCACGUACUCGGCCCCGGUGGUCGUUCCCGUGUCGCAGACGUACUUGGCUCCUGCCCCUCAGGCCGUUGUCACCACCACCUACACCGCCUCGCAGCCGGCCGAGAUAGCCGACUUCCGCUCGACCUCCAGCACCGACGGAUCGUACGAGUUCUCGUACAGCACCAGCGACAGCGCCCGCCACGAGUCGGCCGACAGCGCCAACAACGUUCAGGGCAACUUCGAGUUCGUCGCUGACGACGCCCAGCGCCGGCGCGUGGAUUACAAGGCGGGCGCCGAGACCGGCUUCAUCGCCACAGGAGCCCACCUGCCCGUGUCCGUGAAGGACACCGCCGACGUGGCCGCCGCCAAGGCGUCCUUCAAGAGCGCGUUCGAGUCUGCCGCUGCCGCUGCUGCCGCUGCCCCGGACAACGCGGUGUAUUUCGCGCCUCCCGUUUACAGCGCCCCGGCCCCGGCCGCCGUUAUCGCCCCCCAGCCCGUGACUGCGGUCCGCUACGCCACGCUGGAGGAGCUCAGCACCCCUCCCAAGCCGGUGGCAGACACUCCCGAAGUUGCUGCCGCUAAGAAGGCCUUCGAGGCCGCUUAUGACGCCGCCGCUGCCGCUGCCGAGGCUGCCCCCGACACCGACAUCAUCACUGGCCCCGCGCCCGUGGUGAAGGCCGCCGCCCCUGCCGGCUACAGCUACAGCGCUCCCGCCCUUCGCACCACCUACCUGGCCCCGGCUGUGUCCGUCGUGCCCGCCGGCCCCGUGGUCACCCUGGACGCCGAGGGCCGUGUGGAGGACACUGCCGAGGUCAAGGCCGCCAAGCAGGCGUUCCAGGCCGCCUAUGAUGCCGCCGCUGCCGCCGCUGCCGCUGCCCCCGACACUGACAUCAUCACGGCCCCGGUUGCCCCCGUCAAAGUCUACACCACUUCGAGCGGUGCCACCCACCAGACCAAGGCGGCCCACCACGGCGACACCCUGACCUACAGCUUUGACGGCAUCACGGUGAUGCAGGCGGACGGCGCCAGCUCCCCCGCCAAGUUCGGAUACACUUACGAAUAAUAUGCCGCCGAGCUGAUCGGAUGGCGCUGUAUGGCAUUAUUCGUGGCUGUGCUGUCGACUGCCCCGUGCUCGUCCCUGGUGGCUCUGCAUCGUGCCGUGUCCUGUCCGUCCCGUCUGUCCCUUGUUCCAACUGUUCCCGGACGAGUGAUGUCGUCGCUUUGAAGUGUGUGUGAUCAUGUCUGUACUCGACAAGUGCACCGCGUAGAACAGGACGAUCCCAUCACUUCCUGGACGUCUUAUCCCAUACAGGUGUAGUGUUCGUGCAGCAGCAUUAUUGGCAUUGACCCCUGCGACCCGCGUGAAAUGGAUCCCGAUCCACAGGUCCCGUAAUCUGCGUUAAUGUCCGGUAUUGUCUCAUAAAUCAUCCCCAUUCCGUGUAUAGAUACAUGCAGAGUUCAUGCAAUAUGGCAAUAAAAGAUUGCAUCACAUAACGCUC